AAUUUCCUUUUGUUUUGAGGGACUGCAAAUGUGGAGUACGUGUGAUCGAAUACAAUAUUGUUGACAACACCAAAAAGCUACCCUUAUACUGGAGCUGCGAGCGUGGAGUGGCACUUUAUGACAUUGCGUAAUCACUGCCAGAAAGCAGGUCGAGUACAUCCGCCGGAUGUACCGGGCGGCUCCAGAAUCUUACAUAGCGGAGUUAUUUCCCCACAGACCCCCGAUGGCAAUAGCGGAGACGCAAAUCGUCAUAUUAAAAGUCAUUGUAGCGGCACAAUUUUUUCAAGCUGUUAUUUUAAGGUCCAAAAGUUACAUAGUGGGGCUUUAAGAUGCGUUUACUCUUGAGAGUUUUAGCGGCUUAUCUCCAUGGCUUUACCCGCGUAUGACUUUAAAACACCUUAAAGUCUUUUUUUUGACAACAGUACUAAAUUCUCAACGGUCCCAUCUCACAUCAACUCUGAAUCCUCUCAGCGCCUUAUGCUGCGUUUACUUACGUGAGUUUACCCGCUUGAGCUUUUUUGGCUUUUCGCGGUUUCACGUGACUCGCUUACACGCACACAAGCUGCCAUUGGCAGGGCGACGCCUCCUGGCCUUCACGGCACCGUUAGCUAGACACCUCGUACUUUUGAAGCGGAAACACGCUCUCCUGCCGACACAUAACAGUUAAAAGAGAUCAGAAAUCAUAUAAAACUUUAAAAGAUCAGAUUUGGACUCACAGAUUCCAGUGAAUCCUUUGAAGAGACCUGGAAGCCUUUUAUUAACUAUUUGAAUGCUGCUGCAAUCCAACAGGAACUCGUUAACUAAAAGACCCCCCCGCCCCCCCAAGGACACCACACAAACGUCUGAACAUCUAACGCCCUCGUGUUUGGGUUCAUCUCAUCGCCUGUAGGCUCACGCAGCUCGGUGACUUUCAUCGACUCCGUCAGAAUGACCACCGUUUCCAGCGCUACUUUUUCAUAACGCUGAUCGGCUUUCCCAACUCGGCUUCUUCACCUGCAGCUGAUUCUCCGUCGUCUCUGCCGCUGUCUUCCUCAUUACCGCCGAGAGAGACGCCUCGCGAGCGUCGAAAAGGAAACGUAACCAUGCACACGACCUGCUAGCCGAUCGAUCUCUUCUCUCCUUCUUCGCUGCCUCUAUCUCUGACGCCAAAAGCUCAUUCUACAAAAAACUAAAUUCAAUCUUCUUUCUCAACCCCAUUAAACUCGUCUCUAUCUUUUCCAACCUCCUUGACCUCCCCUGUCCCCCUCCUUCCACACUUCUACCGAGCCACUUUGUCGUCUCCUUUACAAACAAGAUGGACGACAUACGCUCCUCCUUCACUAAUCCAUAUUCUCUCACUACACUUCCAUUAACUUCUUCAUCCCCCUCUCUUUCCUCUUUCAGCUCCCCGUCUCCUGAUCAGGUUCUUACCUUAGUAACCUUCCGGCCCCCCGACCACCUGACCCCAUCCCAUCUCACAUUCUCCGGGCUGUUGCUUCUGACCUUCUAACCUUUCUCACCCAUCUUAUCAACAGCUCCUUCUCCACUGUGUUUCCCUAACCCUCUGAAGGAGGCGAGAGUGAACCGUCUCCUGAAGGGAACCACCCUCAACCCGUCUGAAGUCAACGACUACAGACCUUUCUCUCUUCUCUUUCUCUCCAGAACUCUAGAGUGAUCCAUCUUCAACCAAGUGUCCUCCUCUCUCCAUAGAGAGACUCCAGCAGAAUCUGCAGGACCAGGAAAGGAGCGGCGGACCAGCGAGAGCUUCUUCAGUCCCAGCUUGAAGAAGCUCCAGAACCAGAUCUCCAACAGGCCUCCGAGGAGCAAGUGAUGUUUGACAGUCCUGAGGAGCGAAAGGCGAAGGUGGAGAGCCUCGCUCAGUUGAUAAAAGAAUCUCAAUACUUGGUGGUCCACUCUGGAGCAGGAAUCAGCACCUCAGUAGGCAUCCCCGACUUUAGGGGUCCAAAAGGUGUGUGGACGUUAGAAGAAAAGGGGGAGUCACCUCACUUUGACACCACAUUUGAAGAUGCCCGACCCAGCUUCACUCACAUGGCCCUCCUGGGACUGCAGAGGGCCGGCUACCUCAAGUAUCUCGUCAGCCAGAAUGUGGACGGCCUGCAUGUCCGAUCCGGCUUCCCCAGGGAUCUCUUAUCAGAGCUCCAUGGAAACAUGUUUGUGGAGGAGUGUGAGAAGUGUGGCAGGCAGUAUGUCAGAGAAAAGGUGAUCGGUGUGAUGGGACUGAAGCCGACAGGACGUCACUGCGAUGUGGUGCGAUCCAGGGGACUUAGAGCUUGCAGGGGAAAGCUGAUCAGCACUAUACUGGACUGGGAGGAAGCUCUUCCUGAAAGAGACCUGAGCAAAGCAGAGGAUUCCAGCAGACGAGCCGACCUGGCACUGACACUGGGCACCUCCCUGCAGAUCAAGCCCAGUGGAGACCUUCCACUUCUCACCAAGCGGAAAGGAGGGAAGCUGGCCAUCGUCAACCUGCAGGCCACGAAACACGACAAGCAUGCGCACCUACGUAUCCAUAGUUACGUGGACGACGUCAUGAAACAGCUAAUGGAGCUGCUGGGAGUGGGCAUCCCAAAGUGGGACGGUCCGACUGUCUGCGAGAGCGUCACGUCGGAGUCCACCGCCGAUGUCAAACCACCUCGUGCAGCUCCAGCAAAGAAGAAGGUGAAAAGAGACCCGAUCAAGAAGGAGAGAAAAAGAGACACGACGGCACUGACGGACGAUGGGAGCGUUAAGGAGGAGACGGCCUCAGUAAAGAGGCAGAGAGCGGACUCCCCAGUCGAGUUGAAAGAAGAGAAAUAGCCUCGGGUAUUAUUUCUCACAGCACGAACCUGUCCAGAAAUAGACUUUACCAGCUCGGUCUGAUCAGCUUCAGAGUACAACGGUUCUUCACAUCGUCUCCACACCCUCUGGAGCAAAGACUCUUAUUAUUACCGCAGUGGUUUUGUUUAUCCCAUAUUUUGUUGCAUCCCGCUGACAGCGACCAUACACAGCAAUAUGAAACCGACUCCUCAGCUGAAGGCUCAAAAGUUGACCACCUGACGAAAGCAGAAUGAGCUACUCUAUUGAGUCCAUGGCAGAAGGAUGACUCGUCAUUCGGUGGGUGUUUGUUCAUGUCUUACAAGUACAUUUACCAAUGCAUGACCCGAUUUAGGGCUCUAGUUCACUUUGAGAACCAGUCUCUAACCGACGAGACGGCUGGGUGAGAUCUGCAGCACACAGUUAUAAAUAGUGCUUCUCAUC